GUAAAUCCAUACAGUCAAAAGUGGACUGCAUUUUGCAAGAAGUUGACAAGUUUACAGAUCUUGAGAAACUCUACCUCUACCUCCAACUGCCUUCUGGUCCUAGCAAUUCAGAGAAAAGUGACCAGAGCUCUUUGUCAUCUAGUCGAGCUCAGCAAACUCAUGCUUUCUCCUGGAUUAAAAAUACCUUAGAGGAGCACCCAGAGACAUCUCUGCCCAAGCAAGAGGUCUAUGAUGAGUACAAGAGCUAUUGUGACAAUCUUGGCUAUCACCCACUAAGUGCUGCUGACUUUGGAAAGAUUAUGAAGAAUGUAUUUCCGAACAUGAAGGCACGUCGCCUGGGCACAAGAGGCAAAUCAAAGUAUUGCUACAGUGGGCUGAGAAAGAAAGCAUUUGUGCACAUGCCUUCACUUCCCAAUCUGGAUUUCAACAAGUCAGGAGAUGGGCUGGAUGGAAUGGAAGUGUCAGCGCAGUUGCAGAAUGCUGAUGAAGAGGUUGUUUCUGCAGCUUGUCGUCUUGUUUGCGAGUGGGCACAGAAAGUCCUAAGUCAAUCGUUUGACUCAGUUUUGGAUUUGGCCCGUUUCUUAGUCAAAAGUCACUACAUUGGCACUAAAUCAAUGGCAGCAUUAACCGUAAUGGCAGGUGAUUCAGCAGGAUUGAAAGGAAUUACACAGACAUCUGCAUUUGUACCCAUGUCUGAAAGCAAUGCCUUCCACCCCCUCAAGUGAAGACCUUAGCUUCUCCUGUAGAUGCCAAACAGCAGUUACAAAGGAAAAUACAGAAGAAGCAGCAAGAGCAAAAGCUGCAGUCACCUUUGCCAGGAGAACUUCAGGUGAAAAAACAGGAUGGACCAGCUGCCAAUGGAAUCGCCAGUAUAUGUAAUGGAAGUCCAGCUAUCCUUUCUCCACAGCCUAUCGGGAUUGUUGUUGCAGCUGUUCCCAGCCCAAUACCGGUUCAAAGAACCAGGCCACUUGUGACUUCACCCAGUCCUAUUGCCUCCUCUGAGGGGAAGGUUUUACCACUCAACGUUCAAGUAGUUACUCAACACAUGCAGUCUGUAAAGCAGUCACCAAAGACUCCACAAAAUGUUCCAGCAAGCCCUGUUGGAGAUCGUUCUGCUAGACAUCGCUACCCUCAAAUUUUACCUAAGCCAGCCAGCUCCAAUGCUUUGACGAUCCGCUCACCCACCACUGUGGUUUUCACCAGUAGCCCAAUUAAGACUGUGGUGCCAGCACCACAUGUCAGCUCUCUGAAUGUUGUGAAGAUGACCACAAUAUCACUUGCUCCCAGCAAUGCUAGCACUUCAGCAAAACAAACCCCUUCUGUCAAUAACAGUGUUGGAGUGUCAGAUGAAAACAGAACUGUGCCACAGAUCAAAAAUGGCUCUGUGGUUUCACUGCAGUCUCCUGUACCCAGGAUGGGCACACCUGUGGCAUCUGCAGUAGAGGUAAAAACAGAACCAGAAAUUCUUAUAGAGGAUAAUCACCCAUCCCAAGAAAGUACAGAUUGUCCAAGACCUAGGAAAGGUACUCCAAUUUCUUUCACACCAAAAGUCAGUUUGGAGAAACAGUCUCAAGAUGCUGCCCGUGAAACUCAGAGUGCCAAAGCACUUGACCAGAGAGUUGAAAUAACAAGGACCAAAUGUAAAGGCCGCUUAAUAGAAGGCGCAUCUAUUUCCUCAGCUGGUUGUAGUCAGGGUACUGUGACUCUGUGUGUCACACCUCAGAGUGUAUUCAGCAGUAUUUCCUGUCCAAAUACGAACACUGACUCAGCUGGAAAGGAUAUGAGAUUGUCUAUUAAGAGUCCUCGAAAACGCUUAACUUCUACAGUACAGGACUCACAGUUACCACCAGCGAAAAAAUCACUUCUUGGUCAGCUGUCCUCAGCUAUUGCUGAAUGUCAGAGACCAGUAGGGAUUACUGUCAAGAAAGUUCAAAAAGCACUGACAAUGAAGACUGAUAAUGCAGUAACAAUUGCGUUAGCGCCUAAUAAAGGCACUCAGCAAGUGAGUAAUACUGAGUUAAUAGAAAGCUUUUCCUUGGACUGUGUUGAUGAAAAGACCACUGAUACUCACCAAGAACAUGCAGUCUCAUCCCAGGAUGUUAAAGUUAAACUAGAAGGUAAUGUGUUUAAGCUUGUCAGUGAUUCAAAGGAAGAGAUGCCUUUCAAUCAAAAUGCAUGGCAGGAGAUUGCCGAAAGUUCAGAUUUCACAUCUAGCAACUGCGAGCAGCCUCAAACUAUUAGCGUUCUGGAUAUUCCAGGAACUUCUGGUGCUGAUAACCUGCAAAAAACUGUAUGGGAACCAGUAGACUUUGAAGGACUACAACAGGAUGCUUACAGUCAGCAACUUGAGGAUUCUUCUUUGAAUCAGCUACAAGCACAUUCAUCUAACCAGUUACCUCAACGUUCUAAUCUAACAGACCCUCCCACAAACGAAAGUUUCUUUUCAUUUGAUGAUGACCUCACGCAAGAUAGCAUUGUUGAGGAACUGGUGCUGAUGGAGGAGCAAAUGUCUAUGAAUAACAGCUCUCAAAACUAUGGUAGUUUAGGAAUGGUGCUCCAAACCCAAGCAACAGCUGCCCAUGGUACACCGGUACCCACACAUUCAAGUAGCACUCACUUUUACCAUUCAGUACAUAACAGUGGCACUCCAGUGCACACUCCUACUUCAACAGCAACCCCAACUCUAACCCCAACCCCUACAUCAGAGAUGAUUUCUGGGUCUCAAAGCUUGUCAAGAGAGAGCCCUUGUUCUCGUCUCGCUCAAACAACACCUGUAGAUAGUGCAUUAGGAAGCAGUCGGCACACACCAGUUGGGACCCCACAUUCUAACUGCAGUAGCAGUGUUCCUCCAAGUCCUGUUGAAUGCAGGAAUCCCUUUGCCUUUACCCCUAUAAACUCCAGCAUCUCUUAUCAUGAUGCUAGCAUUGUCUCAAGUAGCCCUGUUAAACCAAUGCAAAGGCCAAUGGCAACUCACCCUGAUAAAACUAAGCUAGAGUGGAUGAAUAAUGGAUAUAGCACUGUUGGUAAUUCUUCCGGUCAUGGUAUACUUCCAAGUUACAAAGAGCUAGUAGAAGACAGUUUUAGAAAGCCACAUGCUUUUGCUGUGCCUGGUCAGUCAUAUCAGUCUCAAUCGAGACAUCAUGACAAUCACUUUGGUCGUAUAACUCCUGUUUCUCCAGUUCAGCAUCAGCUUUCCUCGUUAAGUAAUACUUCUAAACAGGAGGGUUUUGCUGUUCCUGCCCCUUUAGACAACAAAGGAUCAGGUACAUCUGGAAAUGGCAGCAAUUUUAGAUGUCGUAGUGUAAGCCCGGCAGUUCACCGACAGCGCAAUUUAAGUGGAAAUACAAACUGCCCGACUUCAAAUGCUCCUCGAUCCAAUGUGACGGCUUUUGGAUCUGUGGUAACUGCAGAGGUUCAUAAUAUACUUGCUAAUGUACAGUCAGACACCAGUGCCAAUAGUAUAGCGCAAAGAAGCCAGUCAGUUCCUUUAACUGUUAUGAUGCAGACUGCUUUCCCAUCCUUGCAAAAACAAAGCAGUACUCAAAACAUCACACACGUUUUAUUAAACAAACUGGAUUCUGAUCGUGAUGAUGCGGUUCGAGGGUUAGGAAUUAACAAUAUGCCUUCUAACUAUACUGCAAGGAUGAAUCUCACUCAGAUUUUGGAAACAUCUCCCAUGUUUUCUGGUGCCAAUCAACAAAAUGUGAUGAAUUCCAGCACUUCAUCUUAUGAAUUCCAAACGCCAGCUUACCUCACGAAAAACAGCAGUACUGAUACAAUUGGUUUUACUACUGGAGACAACCAAGCACAAUCUGAAAUUGGAGAGCAGCAACUUGAUUUCAAUAGCACUGUUAAGGACCUGCUAGAUGGAGAAAGCCUCCAAUCAAACCAGCAGCUUGCUCAAGUGGCUUCAGAUUUAAACAAUGCCUCUGAUUUCUCCAGCGACAUCCGGUUGUCUUCUGAUCUCUCAGGCAGCAUUAAUGACCUGAACACUUUAGAUCCAAACCUGUUGUUUGAUCCUGGUCGGCAGCAUGUGCAGGAUGAUGAAGCUACACUGGAGGAGCUGAACAAUGACCCCUUGUUUCAGCAAAUCUGUAAUGAAUCUAUUAACUCCAUGACCUCAUCUGGAUUUGAAUGGAUAGAGAGCAAAGACCAUUCUGCAGUUGAAAUGCUGGGUUAA